AAGGUCACAGGCUGAAUUUUAUCUUGCUUUGGUGUAUAAAUAGUGACAAGGAAAGUGUUCAGUGAUAUCAGACAAGUUCAAGUCUUCGAACCGAAAACACCAAAACAAACCAACCAUCACUAUGUUCAAAUCCGCUGUUGUCAUCCUGGCCAUCGUUGCCUGUGUUGCUGCCAAGCCAGGACUUCUGGCUGCUCCUCUGGCCUACACUUCUCCAUUGGCCUACACUGCUCCAUUAGCCUACUCUCAUCCCGCGGCUGUUGUGGCUGCUCCUGCUCCAGUUGUGACCGCCACCAGCAGCCAGGUGAUCGCCAGGAACUUCAAUGGAAUCGCAGCUGCUCCAGUGAUUGCUCCAGUGGCUGCUCCCGUGGUUGCGAAGUAUGCCGCUGCUCCUCUGGCUGCUCCUCUGGCUGCUCCUCUGGCUGCUCCUUUGGCCUACACCUCCCCCUUGGCCUACUCCGCCCCCCUGAGCUACGCCGCUGCUCCCGCACCACUUCUUAUCUAAAAAACAAAACUGUUACUUAGAACAAUUAAAAGAACUUGUA